AGCCUUGUCACAUUUCUGCAGAACAUGAUAGCUGCUCGGUUCGGUGCGGGAAUGAUUUAGCCUCCUCUCGGCUCUCCUCAUACACAAACCUCGGCGGCGGUGCUGCUCGUUGAGUGCGGAGCUGGAUGUCAGGGAGCCGGGCAGUGAGCGAGGCCGGCCGCCGGUCGUUGUAGCCCGGGCGCACGGAGCCAGGCAGACCGCUGACGGGAGUCCACCUCCACCCACGGGACGACCGAGCGCAGCCCAUCAGGACACACCGCCACCGGGCUGGAAUCCCCUCCUCUGAUACCUGCGCCUUCUCACCCAUCGAUCGUUCAUUUUUCUUUUUCGACUUUGGACAUUUUUCCUCUUUUCUAUUUUGUGUUCCCUGGGAUUUAAUUCGGCUUGUGGGGGAACCAGCCCCUAAUGUUGCCGUGUGUGUGCGCGUCCUGAGCAAGGCCGACAGGAGCGAGACAUUCUGCUGAAGUUACCCGGGCUCGUUUUCCGAUUGAAUUAGUAUUUUUUUGAAAUUUUUGAAAUUGUCCCUGUGCAGACGUGUCCCCGCGUCGGGCACCAUGCUGCAGACUGUCCCCUUGAAUCAUGUUUUCAAACUGAGCGCAGCAGAUUAGGGCUUUUUCCAGACACUGAUCCUCCUCCUCCUCCUUCUCGGUGCGCUCGUUUGAUCAAUACAGCUCGGCAGGAAGAUGCCAAAUGUCCCGAUGUCCCCGCUGUGUUUGGAUUUACCACUUUUCCUCCGAUUUUAAUGCAGUUUCCUCCUCCGUGUGGCCCCCGUCACUUUCUACCUCUGCUGGCGGACAGCUGAAGACCAACCAGGCUCGUGUGUUGCCGUCCACACGACACUGUCGUAGUUGGUUGUGUGUUUUUUUUUUUUGUGUUUCUUUUUUUUUGCAUAUAAUCCCCUGCUGUCGUCCUGCGUCGUAUGAUGUAUGAGAGUGUGGACGUUGUGGGACUGAAUCCCAGCCCGAACCCGUUUUUAAUGAUGGAUUACUACAACCAGAGCAGAGGAUGCUUGAUCCCGGAGAAGGGACUGGUGCCCGGUGCGCCCCAUCCUUACAGCACGUCCAUCAGGAACCAGCACUGGAACGGCUCCAAUCACUCGAUAGAGACCCAGAGUACCAGCUCAGAAGAGAUAGUGCCAAGCCCGCCCUCGCCUCCCCCGCCGCCCCGCGUCUACAAACCCUGCUUCGUGUGCCAGGACAAGUCCUCAGGGUACCACUAUGGUGUCAGCGCCUGCGAGGGCUGCAAGGGCUUCUUUCGGAGAAGCAUCCAGAAGAACAUGGUGUACACUUGUCACCGGGAGAAGAACUGCAUCAUCAACAAAGUCACCCGCAACCGCUGCCAGUACUGCCGGCUGCAGAAGUGCCUGGAAGUCGGGAUGUCCAAGGAGUCUGUGAGGAAUGAUCGGAACAAAAAGAAAAAGGACGAGAAGAAGCAGGAGUGCACGGAGAGCUACGUGCUGAGUCCCGACACGGAGCAGAUGAUCGACAGGGUUCGCAAGGCACACAAGGAGACGUUCCCCUCUCUCUGCCAGCUGGGCAAAUACACUACGAGUAACAGCUCAGAACGACGCGUGUCCUUGGACGUAAACCUGUGGGACAAGUUCAGCGAACUCUCCACCAAGUGCAUCAUCAAGACGGUGGAGUUUGCUAAGCAGCUGCCCGGCUUCACGACGCUUACCAUCGCUGACCAGAUCACUCUGCUCAAAGCCGCCUGUCUGGACAUCCUGAUUCUGCGGAUCUGUACACGCUACACACCGGAGCAGGACACCAUGACUUUCUCAGAUGGACUCACGCUCAACCGAACUCAGAUGCACAACGCCGGUUUUGGUCCCCUCACCGACCUGGUUUUCGCCUUCGCCAACCAGCUCCUCCCUCUGGAGAUGGACGAUGCGGAGACGGGGCUGCUCAGCGCCAUCUGUUUGCUGUGUGGAGAUCGUCAGGACUUGGAAGAGCCGGAGAAGGUGGACGUCCUGCAGGAGCCCCUGCUGGAGAUGCUCAAAAUUUAUGUAAGGAAGAGGAGGCCCCACAAACCGCACAUGUUCCCCAAGAUGCUGAUGAAGAUCACUGAUCUGAGAAGCAUCAGCGCUAAAGGCGCUGAGCGUGUCAUCACCCUGAAGAUGGAGAUCCCCGGCCACAUGCCCCCUCUCAUCCAGGAGAUGCUGGAGAACUCAGAAGGUCUGGAGAGCGCUGCCGCGAGCAGCCGGCCGAGCGGCGCCCCCCCGGGAAGCUGCAGCCCCAGUCUGUCCCCUAGCUCUGCCCAAAGCAGUCCAGCCACACAAUCGCCAUAGUAACGGCCCACCUUUUAAAAAAAAAAAAACAUGUCCUCACAAUGCUCUGUCUCCUCCCUCGGUGUUCUGAAGAGGAGGAGCGAGGGAGGGGGGGCCUGGACUCUGACUGCUGAGCACAGGAGACUGGCUGAGCCGUGCUCCUCCUCUCCCAGGACACAAACCCCCUUCACCUCCUGACCUGCUUUCCCUCACUCUGGAGCACCGUCUUGACUCGAGGGGAGGUGAGGCCGGGCCAGGGCAGG